CGCUCUCUCCAGUGCCGUUGUGGUUCCCGGUCGCGCACAGCGCACGUCCGACCUGCACGCGAGCCGAACGUUUACCGCCGACACAGGACGCCGGCACCGGACACAGGACACCGACACCGACGACGACGGCGCUCGCACGGGGGAAAAAACGACUGCGGUGGCGGCGGGCGAGGAGCGGUGAGUUCCACGCAAAAAUGGAAGUCGAUUACAUUUGGGGAACUUCGUCGAAUAACGUGCCGGUCCAAAAACUGGAGCAACACUUUCGCGAAAAGUUCCAAUCGUGUCAGCCGGAGUAUUACGUCAAAGUUCCCGGCAGGGUCAAUCUGAUCGGCGAACACGUGGACUACUGCGGUUACUCCGUGUUCCCGAUGGCCAUCGACCAAUGCAUCGUGGUGGCAGCCAAGAGGACCAACGACCGGCAAACCGUCCGGUUGACCAAUCUGAAUUCGGAUCGAUACGAAAAUGUGUCUCAGAACAUAGCCGACAUAAGCGCGGAUUCACUCGGCAAGAGCCCGUGCUGGUCAAAUUAUUUCCUGUGCGGCGUGAAAGGAGCUCGAGAGUACAUAAACGAAAGUCAAUUGAAAGCCGUGGAAAACAUCGGAUUUUUCUUCGCGGUUACCGGUAACAUACCUGAGAGCUCGGGGCUUAGCAGUUCGAGUGCUCUGGUAACGGCAGCAGCGAUGGCAACCCUGGUCGGAUACGGAGUUCAGAUCGAUAGGCUCCAGUUGGCUGAAAUCAGCGCUAAGUGCGAACGGUACAUCGGCACGGCGGGCGGCGGUAUGGACCAAGCAAUAGCUGUGAACGCUAAACAAGGUUACGCGGCUCGCAUUUCCUUUCAUCCGCUGGCCGUCAAACAGUACCGUCUGCCGAGCAACACCAAGUUCAUUGUGGCCCAGAGCCUGGCCGUCAAAAAUAAGGCGGCGUCGAACGAUUUCAACACGAGAGUGGUGGAAUGUAGGCUAGCCUCUCAGGUAAUCGCAAAACGUUUAGGCUUCGAUUGGAAACAGAUGACCGUGUUGGCGGCACUCCAAAAGCGUUCGGGCAGCUCGCACGAUCAGAUGAUCGAAUUGGUCCACCGGCAUUUACACGUCGACGGGUACACGAAAAAGGAGGUGUGCGAAAUCCUUUCCGUGUCCGAGGACGAGCUCAACAAACUCAGUUUGACGCCCAACACGAUGAACGUUACCGAAUUCUUCCUGCACCAAAGAGCAUUGCACGUGUUCGAAGAAGCCAAACGGACGGAGAGGUUCUGCGAGCUGUGCGAAAACUCCGGCACGGCGUCCGAACUCGGCCGGCUAAUGAACGACAGCCAUUCGUCCCUGCGAGACCUGUACCAGUGCAGUCAUCCGGACCUGGAGCAGUUGAUCGAGAUUUGCAAACGCGGAGGCGCGUACGGAUGCAAGCUCACCGGUGCCGGCUGGGGAGGAUGUGUCGUGGUCAUGGUGUCCUCGGAGGGCGCCGACGACUUCGUGAAGUUUGUGAAAGACGAGUUUUACGCGAAGAGAACGACCUGCGGCAAAAGCGUCGACCAACUGAUUUUCGCCACCAACCCGUCGGAAGGCGCUUGCAUGUACGCGACGCCUUCGUCUGACCAUAUCGGCGAGACACCCAACCUACCGGCCCUGGGGCACUUCUAAACGACAAAAAUACCCGGACAUUAUAAAAAUUACAACUAUUAUAACAUUUUCGUACGACGACGCAUUAUCAUUAUGUCCGCGUAACGUUAUCAUGUAAAAUUAUAUACUUAGGUGCACAAACACAUGGCUGUAAGCAAUUAUAUUUACUAUCGAUUAUGUACAUGGGAUAUGUCCAACUAGGGUAUUGAUAUAUUGUAUUCGAUCCGCUGAUAAUAUUAAUGUUAACUUUUUCGAUGGACUGGCGUGUACGAAAUAAAAUCGCUCAUUCGCAUUUAACGUGUCACCAGUGUACAUACCGAAUACGUUUUCAUCAUACGAUUGCGUAACAAUAUCGUAACGUAUACAUGAGUAUUUAAAUAGAGCAGUUCAAUUAUUCGUGUGAUGAACAAACCGCACAUUCGGAUGAUGGUUGAAAUGAUGAAUGUUUUUUUACGAAAGUUUCUCCGUUAAAAAUAGGUGUCCGUUACGUUGGAAAACAAACAUUUUUAGAAUUAAAAACAAAUUCCAUAAACGUAAAAUAUUAUAAAAAUGCUAUUAAAUUACUAAAAAUUAUAUGUAUAAUAAAUUGGGGUGUAGUUAUUACGACACGGUAAUGUCAGUUUAAAAUAAGAAUGUUUAAUUAGAUUUCAAACGAAAAAAAUACUGUAAAUGUUUACAA